GAUGUCAGGGAUGAGUAAGCGUCUUCUCUGAGCUCUGUAAGCUGCUCCACAGGCUGAAGUGAAUCCUAACUCUGUUUCCCCCCUCUCACUUGCAGUUUCCCUGGCCAGUACAUCCCCACUAUGGCAGAGGAGCGCAGCAGUACCCAGGACUGUGUGUCCUUCAGUGUGCUCAACUGGGACCAGGUUAGCCGGCUACACGAGGUCCUGACCGAGGUUGUGCCCAUUCACGGGCGAGGCAACUUCCCAACCUUGGAGAUCACCCUGAAGGACAUCGUGCAGACUGUCCGCAGCCAGCUGGAGGAGGCAGGCAUCAAAGUACAGGACGUCCGGCUGAACGGCUCUGCUGCUGGCCACGUGCUGGUCAAAGACAAUGGCUUGGGUUGCAAAGACCUGGACCUGAUCUUUCACGUGGCUCUUCCCACAGAGGCAGAAUUUCAGCUGGUAAGAGACGUGGUCCUGUGUUCCCUUCUGAACUUCCUGCCAGAGGGUGUGAACAAGCUCAAGAUCAGCCCGGUCACUCUGAAGGAGGCGUAUGUGCAGAAGCUGGUGAAGGUCUGCACGGACACAGACCGCUGGAGCCUGAUUUCCCUCUCCAACAAAAAUGGGAGGAACGUGGAGCUCAAGUUUGUGGACUCCAUUCGGCGUCAGUUUGAGUUUAGUGUGGACUCUUUCCAAAUCAUCCUGGACUCUCUGCUUUUUUUCUACGACUGCUCCAGCAACCCAAUCUCUGAGGACUUCCAUCCCACAGUGAUUGGGGAGAGCGUCUAUGGAGACUUUGAGGAAGCCCUUGAUCAUCUGCAGAACAGACUGAUCGCCACCAAGAACCCUGAAGAAAUCCGAGGUGGGGGCCUUCUUAAGUACAGUAACCUCCUCGUGCGGGAUUUCAGGCCCACAGACCAGGAGGAAAUCAAGACUCUGGAGCGGUAUAUGUGCUCCCGAUUUUUCAUCGACUUCCCGGACAUCCUUGACCAGCAAAGGAAGUUGGAGACCUACCUUCAAAACCACUUUGCCGAAGAAGAGAGAAGCAAGUACGACUACCUCAUGAUCCUGCGCAGGGUUGUGAACGAGAGCACCGUGUGCCUCAUGGGGCACGAACGCAGGCAGACCCUGAACCUCAUCUCCCUCCUGGCCUUGCGUGUGCUGGCAGAGCAGAACAUCAUCCCAAAUGCCACCAACGUCACCUGUUACUACCAGCCAGCUCCUUACGUCAGCGAUGGCAACUUCAACAACUACUACGUCGCCCACCCUCCAGUUACCUACAGCCAGCCAUACCCUACCUGGCUGCCCUGUAACUAACCUUGAGACCUGAGGGUUUCCGCAGUGGGAACCCAGUAGGGCGUGGGCUCUUGGGUAGGGGACCCUCCUCCUAGCUGUAGGUGUUUGGCUUUUAAAGGGGAACUCAGCUCUGAUUCUGAUCUUUUUUCCUUUGUGUACCCAUUGAAAUGGGUCCGCAGUAUACCACGAGCCAACCCUGAAAGGACUCAUCUUACAGUGCCACUUCGGAAAAUGCUACAGGAAGUGUGACCUUUCCACGUCCUUCCAAGAUAGACACUAACAUGUCACAUCCCAAACACUAGUGCUCUGGGAUUUGAGCUCUGUGGGAUAAUUGAGAUUGGGAGAACUUGGGCCCCGGAUAAGAAGUGUGAAGUCUCUUUUUCUCUCACUGAGCCUGUAGCAGGGGCUCGCGUUCUGGUUCUUAGCAGUUGUGCUGAUGGUCUCUCUGCUUGUGUCAGUCUUAGUCAGGCAGAAAAUAACAGUCGUGAGGGUGCUCUUGUGACUUAGUUUUUGUUCACGAGACUAACUUGCUUGUGUCCAGUCUUUGUCAGCAGAGCUGAGAAUUUCUUUCAUAAAUAAACCAAAGCCAGUAGCUAGAGGCUGGAGAUCUGGUUGGAAGAGAUUUAUGGUUUAGAUGCUGUGCUAUCUUGAGAAAUUAUGAGAUAUUGCUAAGGAAAAAAAUGAUCUUUUUCUUGAAAUGUAACUUGAAAACAAAAUAAAAUGUGGAACAUAAUGUAGAAUUGUGGUGGAGGUGGUGGUGGGGGCAGUGAUUGUAAAUAGGAAACAUGAAUGUUCUUCUUAUUAUUACUUUUUUCUUCUUAUUAAGGAAUUCUUAUUGAAUGACAUCUUUUCCCCUCAGUAGCUCCCUCCUGGACUUUUGUGUUGCUCCUCCUAAGAUUGUGUUUCUCUUCAUUGUUGUAACUGACAUGAGGGUCUUCCCAUGUUUUAAUUGGAAACCCAUUUUGGCCACAUUCCAUAUAUGACGAGCUAUCUUUCUGGAGUACUUUGGCUUUUUUUUUUUUUUUUUGGCUUCUUUUUGCUUUUUAAAAUAGUGAUUU